AUGUCCAGCUUAUUAAAAUUAAGUACUACACAUUUACGAAAUAUAAAACAACUAAGUUUAAUAGCAAUAAGACCAUAUGCAACAAAGAAAUUUGAUGAACAAAACAGUUCUACCAAGUUCGAGACUGUAUUUUCAUUUCCCACCGUGAGAUACAUGGCGUUUAUAAAUAGACUAAAAGUUUAUCAUUUUGCUGCUACGGCCAUAGUUGUCCCUGGUGCUGGUGCCUUGGAAAUGAUGAAUAUUGUUGACAGCCAUACUUUCCUAGCAGCUAGUUAUAUUGGUAUCACUGGCCUUAUAGUGCUAUCACUAGCAACACUUCCAUUUCGCAACAUAAUUGGCCAUCUUUACAUAAGUGAAGACAAUAAACAAAUUAAAAUAUCUUCAUUGGACUUCUGGGGUCGCAGAGUAGACAGAAUAAUAGCCACAGAAGAAUGGGUACCUCUCUUAGAUUUACCUCCUAAGAUAAUAGAUGCAAUAUAUUUGACGCCACAGCUGAUGGAUGGUACUAAAUAUAAGUUACUUGUUAGAUAUGGUAAAAUUUAUAACGCGGAGAAAAUGGGACAUGUUUUAGAGUAAGAGUUUUUUACUUUAGACUCGGUACUUUGGUCAUUUUGUCAUUUUGUUUGGUACUGGACCACUGGGUCUACUUUAGUUAGGUAAGUAUACAAGUUUAACAAACAUGAAAGGCUUGUUUCAUAGUAAUUGAGCCCCUUAGUUGCUUAAAAUGUGCAGUGCAUUGCCAGAAGAGCAUCAUACCAAUAAUAUCCUGUCCUCCUUAUCAAAACUAACGUAAUCAACAUUUUUAGCGAAAUUGAGUAUUAACGUAUCUAGAAUGAGCCAAACGAGAUGUACACCCCCUACUAUCGAUGAGCGAGUCGAGUUACUUAACUCCGAUUGACCUGAGUUACUCCCACAAUGAGUCAACUCAUCAUUUCAGCCAAAAGACGUCUACUGCUGGACACAAGCCUCACCCAAAGUCAACUCAAGUUAUUUUAUUAUGAACUCGAGCUAACUCGGUUCGAUACCCGCUCCGCCCGAGCCAAAUACCUCAUUCAGUUCGGUGACCUUCGGAGCACGCUCGAGUCGCGAGGGAUGGAGUCGAGUUACUCCCACGAGUCAACUCAAGCUACUUUUUGUGAACUCGAGCUAGCUCGGUGCAGCUAAAUACUUAAUUUAUACAGCGUGUCGGCUAUUCGUUCUUGCUCUGUCGGUUCGGCGACUUUCGGAGUACACUCGAGUCGCGGUCGGCCGGCCGAUCGUGCCCAACUCGGUGAACCUAGACCCGACAGUCCUUCGUUUAUUUUAUCGUAUCGAUAUGGAAACAGUAAAUAAAAUGUCACGACAUAAUAAGAACGCGCCCUAAUUGAUGAUUAAUGAUGAAUAAAAUAUCAAACAAUUUUUUUUAUAUGAAAACGAAAUUAACAAUGUAAUUAAAAAAUUACGUAUUUUGGCAACAAUUUUAUUUAUAAUGCAAUUUAAACAAUGUCGUUUCGUGUGUAUUUGCAACUGACAAUUUUUAUAAAGUUAUUCCACUCUACACACAAUUUCAACCUCUUCGAUAAUAGUAUCCUUCCAAAUUUUUUAUAUUAUAUUAAAAAUCUUUCGAAGUAUAGUAACGCUAUAAGUAAGGUAUAUUUAAAAUCUGCAAAAUUGUUGGUCAAUGAGGAAUUAUUUAUAUUAAAAUUCCACCAUACAACAGUACCGCGAUUUUUGUCUUAGCUAAUGCAUUUGCAUUUUGGUAACAUGAGAUAUUACCUAAUGUUUUUUUCAUUGAAAAGUGUUAAAUAUGCUGAUUUUACUUUACAAACAAUUGAACCGAAACUAAUUGAGAUUUAAAAAACCCGCAAUCAGUUUGCGAUUUACAUCCGUAAUACCAACUUAGCAACCGCAACUGG